AUGAAGUACCUCAGCCUCCUUCCUCUGGCCGGUCUCGCCGUUGCCGCCCCCGGCAGCUGGGUUGACGCUGACCCAGCCAAGAGCACCACAACGACCGCCAGCCCGGCUGCUUCAACCUCUACCUGGGCUGAUGUCGAGAUCCCGGUCACUGUCACCUCCACUGCCACUGGCACCUACUGCCCAGGAACUGGCAAGCUCACCAAGCCUGCUCCUGAGGGUGGCAAGUGCACCAUUGACGUGACCACCGUCACUGUCUCCAAGGCCACCGCCACUGUCACCGUCACUGCUGGCGGCAACAACGGUGGCGCUGGCGGCAAGGUCACCGUCACCGAGACCACCACCAAGACCGUUGGUGGCAAGGACACCGUGACUGUCACCAAGACUGCUGACUGCACUUCCGGCCCCACGGGCACCCCUGGCCACAAUGGCCCCGGCGGCAAGUGCCUGACUGAUGACAAGGCCAAGUCGAUCGUCGACAACUUCCGCAACCUGCUGGAGUACACCAACUACGACGGCAGCCGUGGUGGUCCCAAGGGCCGUGGCUACAACUUCAACGUCUCGGCCGCUACCCUCGCCACCGACUUCGUCGAUAUCUCCGACUCGAUCAACUACAUGGCCGGCAUCCCUCUGGGCGCUGCUACCUUCCCCAACAAGACUGCCUUCGACUUCGGCCAGGGCAGCCAGCCUGAGGUCAAGACCGAGACCCUCAACAUCUUCCACGACUGCGACACCAUCACCUGGCGCUGGAAGAUCACCCCUCUUACCCAGAACCCGUACCCUGUCGUCGGUCUCAACUACAUGCAGAUCAACAAGGAUGGCCUCAUCCAAAAGCAGUAUGCCGAGUUCGACAACGCCGCCUGGAUUGCUUCUUUCCCUGCUCCCGCCAGCUGCAACUCCCCCACCACCGGCAAGCCCCCCACAGUUCUGCCCGGCCCUAACGCCCUCAAGAACUAA